AUGUUUGAUCAUCUGAAACUGUUACGAUGCUUCAGCUUCACGGCAUCGCGUGAUUGGUUAUUCAAACAAUCAUUCUCACACGCCGGUCUCCGUUCCGUCAUCACCGAUCUCUCCAACGGCAAUCCUCUCGCAUCGACGACGAAGACGUCUAUGCAUUGUUGGAUCCCUAAAUAUCCAAACCGAUCUAAACCUAAUCUCCUCCUCCUCCACGGCUUCGGAGCAAACGCAAUGUGGCAAUACGGCGAACAUCUCCGAGCUUUCACAGGCCGGUUCAACGUCUACGUCCCUGACCUCCUCUUCUUCGGUUUAUCUUCCACAUCGGAACCAAACCGGUCUGAAUCUUUCCAGGCUCAAUGUCUGAUGAGGCUAAUGGAAGCGCACGGAGUCAAGAAGAUGAGCGUUGUCGGGAUCAGCUAUGGUGGAUUUGUAGGUUACAGUUUUGCGGCGCAGUUUCCGGAGAAAGUGGAGAAGAUUGUGCUAUGCUGCGCAGGGGUUUGCCUUGAGGAGAAAGAUAUGGAGGAUGGAUUGUUUAAGGUAAUGUGUAUGGAAUAUGUAGAGGAGAAGAGAGAUUUGAUCAAAUCAAUACUCAAAGAUCGGAGACUUUCAGAUCUUCCUAGGAUCAAACAGAAAUCUUUGAUUAUAUGGGGAGAAGAAGAUCAAAUAUUUCCACUUGAACUUGGUUACAGAUUGAAAAGACAUAUAGGAGACAAUGCAGAUAUAGUGGUGAUCAAGAAGGCAGGGCAUGCUGUGAAUUUGGAGAAGUCUAAAGAGUUCCUCAAGCACUUGAAAUCUUUUCUCAUUGACUCUUUAUGA